AACAAUGCAGCGAGACAAAACCGGAAGCUCUGGCGGCGGAGAUAAAGCGGACCGCGAGACGGCCAUCAUGUCCAAGUACUACGAUGGCGUCGAGUUCCCUUUCUGUGACGAGUUCUCUAAGUAUGAAAAGCUCGCCAAGAUCGGCCAAGGCACAUUUGGGGAGGUUUUCAAGGCCAAACACAGACAGACUGGAAAGAAGGUAGCCCUGAAGAAGGUGCUAAUGGAAAAUGAGAAAGAAGGGUUUCCUAUCACAGCACUGAGGGAGAUCAAGAUUCUGCAGCUUUUGAAGCAUGAGAAUGUUGUAAAUCUUAUUGAGAUUUGCAGAACCAAAGCUACCCAGUUUAACCGCUACAAGGGAAGCAUCUACCUGGUGUUUGAUUUUUGCGAGCAUGAUCUGGCUGGCCUGCUUAGCAAUGCCAACGUUAAAUUCACUCUGUCAGAGAUUAAGAAGGUCAUGCAAAUGCUGCUGAACGGCUUGUACUACAUCCACAGGAACAAGAUCCUACACAGAGACAUGAAGGCGGCAAAUGUGCUGAUCACAAGAGACGGUGUGCUGAAGCUAGCUGACUUCGGCCUGGCACGAGCCUUUAGUCUGGCAAAGAACAGCCAGGGAAACCGAUACACAAACCGUGUAGUGACUCUAUGGUACAGACCUCCAGAGCUACUGCUGGGAGAACGAGACUACGGACCUCCGAUUGAUCUCUGGGGUGCGGGGUGUAUCAUGGCUGAAAUGUGGACCAGGAGCCCCAUUAUGCAGGGCAACACUGAACAGCAUCAACUCACUCUCAUCAGCCAGCUGUGUGGAUCCAUUACUGCAGAGGUGUGGCCAGGCGUCGACAAGAAAUAUGAGCUGUACCAGAAGAUGGAGCUUCCUAAAGGUCAAAAGCGGAAAGUCAAAGAGCGUCUGAAGGCAUACGUCAAAGACCCGUAUGCUCUCGAUCUGAUCGAUAAGUUGCUUGUGCUGGAUCCGGCGCAGCGAGUGGACAGCGACGACGCUCUCAACCAUGACUUUUUCUGGUCUGACCCCAUGCCCUCAGACCUCAAGCACAUGCUUUCCACACACAACACGUCCAUGUUCGAAUACCUGGCACCACCUCGACGACGCGGACACAUGCCCCAGCAGCCGGCCAAUCAAAACCGCAAUCCGGCCACAGCCACACAGCCCGAGUUUGACCGUGUUUUCUGAUCAGCUGGUGAUAGACUUCUAAUGACCUGUGUCUCUAGUGUGAUACUUGUUGUUCAGACUUAAACAGGUUUUUCCUCUCAUUCUCGGGUAAGAAUAAGAAGGAAGAUUUAAGUGCAAGUAUACAUCACAUUAAAGUGAUAUAUGGAAAAUAAGUUUAUAAUUAUUAGGCUAAAUGUGUUUGCUGAAUUAGUUAGAAUCUGUUUAGAUUGUUUUGUUUAUUUUGGGCAUAUGGAGGCAGCAUGGUCAAAAUUAAAUCAGAUUCUGGUCACCUCUGGUUUGUAUGCAGGUUAAUUUGCAUUGUUGAUGUGUUGCAUUUACAGUGGCUCAUCGGUUGACGCACCUCCUCUAGCUGGUAGUCCGUUUGGUUGUAAUGAAUAAUAAGCCUUCAUUUGUAAACCCUUUAGCAAAUUAGUUAAACCCUUGUAGACACCAAGUUCACUGUGCCACAAAAAUCACUUUACAGAUAUUUGAGAUCUUUAUCAUACAGAACAGUAUUCAGCAAGGCAAAAAUGUCUUUAAUUAUGACAAUCUUUAACACCAGUAUUCCUGACCUUGUUCUGAUUAAAUUUUAUCUACAUUUGAUGUUUUUUUUAUUUUUUAUUUUAUUAAACCCAGCUUGUAAUGUUUAGAUUGACAGUGUGUAGGUGUUUUUGAAGCAAUUUACACCCUGUGAUCGCUCCAUGAUACAAUUUUACUGUUUUAUUUAUUCACUUUUGUACAAUAAUGUAUUGGUUUCUGAGGCAAUUGUGAUUAUUCGACCAAUAAACCUCUAAACCUAU